UUGGUGGACGAGUGAGUCGGGAGUUAAAUUACACACGGCAGAAGAUUGGAGAAGAGGCAAUGUUUAACCCCCAGCUCAUGAUUCAAAUGCCACAGGAAGAUGCUGCUAAUGUACUAACAACAGAAGCACUCAAGCAGCACCUUGACUCUGCACUUCAGGCCAGCAGAGUACAUGUUUAUAUGUACAACAGACAAUGGAAAUUGGAACACUUAUGUUAUAAAUCAGGAGAACUCAUCACAGAAGCAGGUUACAUGGACCAGAUUAUAGAAUUUCUUUAUCCUUGUUUAAUUAUCACUCCUUUGGACUGCUUCUGGGAGGGAGCAAAGCUUCAAUCAGGAACUGCCUAUUUGUUAGGGAAACCACCUUUGCAGUGGAUCAACUUUGACCCCUUAGAAUUCUUGGAAGAGUUAAAGAAAAUAAACUACCAAGUGGAUAGCUGGGAAGAAAUGCUGAAUAAAGCAGAGGUUGGUCAUGGUUAUAUGGAUCGACCUUGCCUGAAUCCUGCCGAUCCCGAUUGCCCAAUCACGGCUCCUAACAAAAAUUCCACUAAACCUCUUGAUGUGGCCCUUGUUUUGAGUGGUGGAUGCUAUGGACUGUCAAGAAAAUACAUGCAUUGGCAGGAGGAGUUGAUUAUAGGUGGUACAGUCAAGAACAAUUCUGGUAAACUUGUCAGUGCACAGGCUUUGCAAACCAUGUUUCAAUUAAUGACGCCAAAGCAAAUGUAUGAGCACUUCAAGGGGUAUGAAUAUGUUUCACACAUCAACUGGAAUGAGGAUAAGGCAGCAGCAAUUCUGGAAGCCUGGCAGAGGAUGUAUGUUGAGGUUGUUCAUCAAAGUGUUGCACAAAACUCUACUCAGAAGGUGCUUUCCUUUACUGCAACUACCCUGGAUGACAUCCUAAAGUCAUUUUCUGAUGUCAGUGUUAUCAGAGUAGCUAAUUGUUACCAGUCAGCGCUUGUCUAUGCCUGUUUAACAAUGUUGCGGUGGGACUGUGCCAAGUCUCAGGGUGCCGUGGGGCUGGCAGGGGGCUUGUUGGUUGCACUCUCAGUAGCUGCAGGAUUGGGCCUGUGCUCAUUGAUUGGAAUUUCCUUUAAUGCUGCCACAACUCAGGUUUUACCUUUUCUUGCUCUUGGAGUUGGUGUAGAUGAUGUUUUCCUUCUAGCACAUGCAUUUAGUGAAACAGGGCAGAAUAAGAGAAUUCCAUUUGAGGACAGAACAGGUGAAUGUUUGAAGCGAACAGGAGCAAGUGUAGCCCUUACAUCUAUCAGCAAUGUUACUGCUUUCUUUAUGGCUGCCUUAAUCCCUAUUCCUGCUUUACGAGCAUUUUCACUCCAAGAAGAUGAAAUAUUAAAGGAUGCUGAAGAAAGUUUCUUUAAAAAAAAAGGGCACUUUGAAGAAAGCUCUGGGAUGUUCUCCUCUGACACAGCUUUAACACACAAGCAAUUUAUAGCAGUGUCUGACAUGGGUGCAGAGCAGGAAAACUGUACG